UUAUAAGUAUUCGUAUUUAGCUCAUAAACAUGGCGUUUUUUUCAAUUUGGAUACUGAUUCUUUCUGUUCUUCCCAGUUACUGCCGCUGCGAUGAACAGAGACAUAGUAAAAGAUAUACAAAUUUCGCUAAGUCUCUCGAAGAGCUAAGACAAAUCUGGGUACCAAGCGGCGAUGGAGGAUUCAUGCUGCCUUCACGUAGAUCAGAUGAAGAAAGACAAAUCUGGGUGCCAAGCGGCGAUGGAGGAUUCAUGCUGCCUUCACGUAGAUCAGAUGAAGAAAGACAAAUCUGGGUGCCAAGCGGCGAUGGAGGAUUCAUGCUGCCUUCACGUAGAUCAGAUGAAGAAAGACAAAUCUGGGUGCCAAGCGGCGAUGGAGGAUUCAUGCUGCCUUCACGUAGAUCUGAUGAAAAAAUACAGGAUUGAUUAUUAAUUGAUAUACAGUAUUAUAUUAUAUCCUUAUGUUUUAGCAAAAUUUACUAAACUUUAAAAUGUAGGCCUACUGUAUAUAACACUAUGCUUUAUUGUUUUCUGUCUUUAAUUAAGCUUGACAUGUAUAAACUUGGUAAUGUCAAUCGAAUU